CAAUUUCGACUUUUACUAUCAUUCACCAAGUAAAACCAUGCCUGACACUAGAAACAUGGCCGAAAUCAUGAGGCAUUCUGAGCGUCUCACAGAUGGAGUUGAUGGGGUGGUGCGCUCCAUCAGCAAUGUACCUAUCACCGAACAACGAAAACCGUUCAUGGACUCGAAAGGCUCGAGGCUUCGGCAUCCAGGCACUGCCCGUGCGAAUCUCGCCCCAUCGGUAGAAUCGCCCCAAGGCACCAAGGGAUGGAAAGAACAGCACUCUCAUCAGACCGUUCUACAACAACAUUGCGACUUCUUUGACCGCGACCACGAUGGAAUUCUUUGGCCACAGGAUACGUUUGUUGGCUUCUACCGGCUCGGUUUUGGUGUCAUUCUAUCCAUCGUCGCCGUGUUCGUUAUCCACGCCAAUUUCUCCUAUCCGACGUGCUCUGGAUGGUUACCUGAUCCAUUCUUUCGUCUAUUCCUUAAGAAUGUACACAAAGACAAGCAUGGCAGUGACACCGGCACAUACGAUAGUGAAGGACGCUUUUUGCCACAAAAGUUUGAAGACAUAUUUGCCAAAUAUGCCGAGGGAAGGGAUUAUUUGACAAUAUGGGAUGUCAGCAACGUGCUCAAGGGACAACGGUGCAUUGCUGAUCCAAUUGGUUGGGGCGGUGCAUUCUUUGAAUGGAUUGCUACGUACAUAAUGCUCUGGCCCGAGGAUGGCAGAAUGAUGAAGGAGGAUAUCCGUCGUAUCUACGAUGGGAGCAUAUUUUAUACGCUUGCUGAGAGACGAGAGAAGAGUUCGUGAGGCUGAUGUUUUGUGGUCUCCUCACGGUUAUCGCGCUCGAGGGUUUCAUUCGAUAAAAGCCGUCCCUGUUGAAUGUUAAAAGGCUUUACAGCAACCGUUCGCAUUGUUGCAAUGUUUUGACAGUAACUAGAAUGACUAAAGUCGAAUUUCUUGAAUUCCGAGUCAACUUGUUCACGCU